AUGCCACGGCAUGCCCUUCACCGCUGGCUCGCACUCCGCUCCUCUCAUGGGGACUUCUCCUGGUACCACAGGCGUUUCCAGCAUGCAGAUGCGAGGCUCACCUGUGUCUGUGGACACAACAAGAGCCCAGAACAUUUGGUGCUCUGUCGACACUCACAGAGGCACUUUCUUCACUGGCCCAAGAGGCCAGCAGCACGGCCACACAACCGGGCGACGGCGUUUGCCUAUCUAGGGUCUCUGACCCCUACAGACUUUGUAGAACUGCUGGACUGCACGCAGUUCUACACACGGUACUGCACAAGGUAA